AUGGUGAAACGUCUUCAAGUGACAUAUCCGAUAAGACUAAUCGUUGAGGAAGUUUCGAAAGUGCUGCCAGAAGAGAGAAAUGGACAAAUAGGAGACAUUGAGGUCGACAAUUACUCGGUCCCUACAAGUAAUCUCACUCUCACUUUAUGUGAGGCACCAAAUGAGAAAGCCAUUGAAGUUCCCCGGCCAAACAGCUCGACUGAAAAUUCUCGGAAUAGGACUCAGUUACCCGGGCAAUCGUAUGAGUUAAAGAUAUGGGUUCUCGAGAGACCAAGAGGUAACACUUUCAUGAUUGACGCGAGGGAACUUUCUAUUACAUGGUCACAUGACUCCAACCAUUGGACCUGGCUCACUCUCACAAACCAAAGUCCAAAUGAAUCAGCCGUGGAAAUUGCGUUUUUGAGAAAUGCUUGCUGGCUAGACGUAGCCGGAAAGUUCGACACACGAUAUCUUUCCCCGAUGACAAGAUACCAGGUAGUCUUUGUGGUGUUGUUGCAAUAUACCAAAACUGAAUGGAAGAAACCAGUAAAGCUAAAACUGGUCCUGCCCAAGGGUAUGGGGAAACCACAAGAGCGGAGUGUGAACAUGGUAAAUCACAUAACGAACGAAUGGGUUGAUAUUUUGGUCGGUGAGUUCACCACAUCGAAUAAAAACAUAGGGGAAAUCUCUUUUGUAAUGUACGAACAUAAUAGCAAGAUGUGGAAGUCAGGGCUCUUCAUUAAAGGUGUUGCAAUUCGCCCCAAAUACUAA